GUCUGGCCGGUUGCGAUCGCAUUUUCAUUGGAUUGCGUGGGGAAACGAGAGAUCGUUUUGGAUGGUUGGAUGGAAGUGCAGUGGAUUUUCAAAAUUUUUACCCUGGCUAUCCAAUGGGCUUACAUUACUGCACAUACAUCAGUGGUGAUAACAUGUACUGGUACACAGCGUCCUGCCGCACGAGGGGUUGUGCAGUAUGUAAGAAAUAAAUCAACAUGUCCUUAGCU